GGCAGGCUCUGAGAUGCACGCAAGACACGCCCUCGUCGUGGCCGCUGCGUGGCUGGUGGGGCGCGCGGCGCCGGCUGCCGGCGAGAGUGCGCGGGUACGCGGCGCCGUACGCCUCGGUGCUCUGUUCGCCGUGCACGGAGCGCCGAUGGAAGCGCGAGCGGGUGCGGCCUGCGGAAUGGUCCGCGAGCACUAUGGCAUCCAACGCGUCGAAGCGACGUUGAUGGCUCUAGAUGCCAUAAACGCAGACCGUCGACUGCUGCCGUGGCUGCGUCUGGGCGCCGACUUACGCGACUCGUGCUGGGCAGCUCCCACGGCUCUGCGGCAGACCAUUGACCUAGUGCGCGAUGCUAUUGCCCCAUCGGAGGCACUCCACCGGCAAUCUCUGAUCAGUGGCAAGACCGGACUGUGCGCGGCGGUGUCGUACUCGGCGACGGCGCGGGAGCUGUCAGAUCGUGCCCGCUUCUCCACGUUCUUCCGCGUGGUGCCGUCCGACAAGCACCAAGCGAGAUUGCUCGUGGCACUGUUGCGCGCGCACAACUGGACCUACGUCCACGCGCUGCACACAGACGAGAGCUACGGGCAAAGCGGCAUGGCGGCGUUCCGAGAGGAGGCGGCGCGCGGUGGCGUGUGCGUGGCUCGGGAGGUGGCGCUGCGCGCGGCGCCGUCGGCCGCGGCGGUGGACGCGGCGCUUGCGCAGCUGGCGCGCGGCCCGCAGGUGGCGGUGUGCUGGUGCGAGGGCCGCACGGCGCGCGCGCUGCUGGCGGGGCUGGCGCGCGCGCCGCGCCGCCGCCUGCGGCUGGUGGCCAGCGACGGCUGGGCGGACCGCCGCGACGUAGUGGAGGGCUUGGAGCACGCCGCUCUGCACGCGCUCACACUACGCAUCCGCUCGCCGUACCUCGAUCACUUCGACAGAUACUACCUCGCACUCACGCCACACAACAACUCAAGGAAUCCUUGGUUCCAGGUAUAA